CUUCUUCUUCUUCUCCAUUCAGCUUAUCUGAAACUGAAACGCAGAAAAAAAUAUCAAUCUUCUGAAGACUCCAAUGUCUUCCUCUCUCCCAAUCUUUCUAAACCCUAGAAUUUACAUCAAGCCUCGAAAUCUCUUUCCCUCCACAUUUCCUUCCUCAUUGAGAUCUCUCACCUCGAAAUCCUUAGUCUGCUUCGCCUCCGAUUCGUCACAAUUUGAUCGGCAAGUGACGUUUUGGAUCCGGGAAGAGCAGAGAUGGAUUCGCGAGGAACAGCGGUGGCUUCGAGAAGAGCAGCGCUGGGCUCGCGAGCGCGACUCGCUCCUCCGCCGUAUCGCCGAGCUCGAGCUCCAGAUUCAAGCUCUGGAGCAGCAGAAGUCGGUUCAGGCUGGGGCUGAGGUGUCUGAGACUAUCGCUAACAUCUCUGGUCUGCUUCAGAUUUUGAAGGAGAAGAAUCGAAUCGCGGAGACGGGGUCGAGUGCGACUCCGAUGGUGUUGGAGGAGAAUAAGAGCGUGGAGAAGGAGGAGGUGGUGGUGGAGCGAGUAAUUAGAGUUGUGGAGGAAGAGAGUAAGAAGAUGAAGGAGAAGAAGAGGAGUACUUUGAGGAUGGGAUCGGAAGGAGAAGAAGUUCAAGCUAUGCAGGAAGCAUUGGGAAACUUAGGAUUUUACUCUGGUGAGGAAGACAUUGAAUUCUCAAGCUUUUCAACUGGGACUGAGCGAGCUGUGAAGACAUGGCAAUCCACUUUUGGUGCUCCUGAAGAUGGGAUUAUGACUGCCGAGCUUCUUGAAAGACUCUAUGAGGAGAUAAUUCAGGGUCCUGAGUCAAGCAUCAAUGCGAAGCCAAAGGAAGGUGAAAAUGGAGCUCCAGUUUCAUCUGUAACAGAAGUUUCAAACAUUCAGCAAACAGUAGUGAAAGAAGAAGGCAUUAACAAAGCAGAGGUAACACGGAACCGAGUUUUUCUUCUCGGAGAAAACCGUUGGGAAGAUUCUUCUAGACUCAUUGGAAUCAAUAAAAAGGACAGUGAGAGCAAGACCAAUGAAGCCACAACCAAGUGUAUCACUUGCCGUGGGGAGGGUCGUUUAUUGUGUUUAGAAUGUGAUGGUACAGGGGAGCCGAAUGUUGAACCUCAGUUCUUGGAAUGGGUGGGUGGUGAGGAGAAUGCAAAAUGUCCAUACUGUGAAGGGCUUGGGUAUACAAUUUGCGAUGUAUGCGAUGGAAAGACAGUGGUAUAGAAAUGCCGUGCAGCCCUUUUUUUUCCCUCUAAUAUAUAUCUUUGACGUGAGAGCCUAGCCAAUGCCAAUCAGUAACUCCCUCCGCUUCUAGUACUAGUAAGCUGGUUUUCUGCUUUACACUGUUCGUUUUUUUUAAAUAAAUAAAAAUGCCAAUUGUUUUAUAUUUAUUUUAGAGUAAAUGUAAUGAUUAGUUCACUUAAAAUUUGUGAUGUAAUUUUUAAUUAUUUAUAUAUUACUAGGUGAGAGUUUAUAGUAUAUUUAUAAACAUGAGAUACAAUCUCCCACAAAUUUAUUCAGUUUUAUUUAUAGAAUUUAUUAAUUAUUUUUAUUAAAUUUA